AUGGAAGAAAUACUUGAUAACAACGAGUUAAAACAAACGCUACAGCAACAAAUAAAUCAUAUUGUGGAAGACAAUGAGAAACAGUACAACGACUUAAUAUCAUAUAUAGAAAAUGAGAAAAAACAAAUUGAAAUAAUGAAAAACAAAACAAGGGAGAAGAAAAAUUCCAUAAACAGGAUAACACAUGAAAUUGAAGCCAAUACCGUUUUAGUCACAGAACUAAAGGAAAGUGUGAUGGAAGAAGAGAAAAAACUGGAUGAAUAUCCCAAGCUUAUUGAGGAAAUUAAUGAACAACUUAAUUUAAUUUUAAAAAAUUUCGACUCGUCCAAAUUGGAAUACAACACAGUAAAACUGCAUAAGGACUAUAUUCAAAACGAGUGGAAGAGAAAAUUGGGGACCCUCUACAAUCUCCUAGGAUUUGAAAUCAUUCUGCAGGACGACAAAAUUGUAAUAGAAUUUUCGAAUAUUCAAGCAUCGGAUCCUAAUAAAAAAUAUAGAGCCACUGUUGCUCUUCACAGUGGAACCUACGAGGCUAUCGAAACUACGCCACGAAUAAGCAAAUUCGAUGAUUACGUAAAUAAUUUAAAUAAAGGACUCCCAUUCACAACUUUUUGUUGCUUGCUUAGAAAAUCAUUCAAAGAAUUAAAAUAA